GAAGCCCAUCCCCCUGGUGCGUCUGCAACCCGUCCGACUUUCAUUCAUUGGGAAGCGCCAGCUGCCUACACUGUGGCGAGAAGAUGCCCUCACCAAGGACAAUAACCAUCGUUGCCCUGUCUUUUGCUUUAGGUUUGUUUUUUGUGUUCAUGGGGACAAUUAAGCUCACGCCGAGACUAAGCAAAGAUGCAUACAGUGAAAUGAAAAGGGCAUACAAGAGCUAUGCCAAGGCAUUGCCAGGCCUGAAGAAGAUUGGGAUCAGCUCAGUCCUGCUUCGUAAGAUCAUAGGCUCUCUGGAGGUGGGCUGUGGCGUGGUGCUCACCCUUGUGCCCGGCAGGCCAAAAGAUGUGGCCAACUUUCUGCUGCUUCUGGUCAUGCUGGCGGUCCUGUUCUUCCAUCAGCUAGUUGGAGACCCCCUGAAACGAUAUGCCCACGCUCUAGUCUUUGGUAUUCUGCUCACCUGCCGACUGCUUAUUGCCCGCCAGAGUGAUGACCGGCCAGAGAGGGAGGACAGCAGAGAGGAACAGCACGUCAACGACCAGGAAAAGAACAAGGUUAAGCAAUCUUAAGGUCCUCUUCUACCUUGGUCUAAGCCACAACAAAAGGAACCUUGUGCGCAAGUAUGGAUGGUAAUAAAUCAAGCUUUGAAGGAAACGGUCACUCCCAGUAAUAACAACCCGCACACAUCUACUUUUCCGUCCUGCUGGUUGAAUGACUGAUUACAUGACUGAUUAACUGUCAUCUACUCCUGUGCACUCUUAAUGUGAAACUGGGUACUCUUAAUCCAUACAUCCCUUAUAUAGCCAUGGACAAUCAUACCAGUGGAAGCUUUGAUGAGCUCAGCUCUUGUCAGAAUAACCCAUUUCCCCCUCCAUGUAUUUCAGCCCCUCACUGUGCAAGGUGUGUGUGUUUUUGUUGAAAUGAAAUGUGAAUUUUCAGUUUUGUUACACAGGAUGUUAUGUUGAUUUGAGAAUGCUUUUCAUGAGAAAGUCUUUGUAGCUUGUUUUUUUUUCUAAUUUGUUUUUUUUAUACUGUAGGUAGAAGUGACUUUUAAUUUAUGAAUUUCAAAUGUGAAGCAUGCUUCAUUUGGUCAGCAGUAUAGAAUAUAAACCAAAAUGAGCAGUGUUGAAAUGUGUAUGAAUUAUGGAUUAACUCUUUUAACAUAUCCACAUUGUAUCUGAUGCAGAAGGAAAUUUUCAUAGGAAAAAUAUAUAAAUCCAAGAUAAUUUAACAUCCUCUUGUUACAUUUUUAAAGAAGCACGCAUGAAAUAUUUUCUCCCAAAGUAAGGUAAACAGGUUAUCCUUUGUCUCCGCUCAGUUCAGUUAAUUUUAAAUUCAAAUUGUUUGUUGGGAAGGGACAGUGUUUCCUGCCUCAGGUGUCUGAUUCCAGCUUUUACAGCAGAAUUGAACCAAAUUUCUAAUAAAAUAAUCUUUUGCCUGUUUAAAAUGAAUAUUUACCUUUUGUAAUUUACAGCUGUAGUCUUAAAACUCGUCAUUGUCUUCUAAAGAGUCUGCUUAUCUGUUUUUUUUUAAUUCCCUCAAAAGAUAUUAACAAUUCUUAUCUGUGUUCUUGGUGGAUGAAACCUCCGUUGAAAAUGAUGUGAGUUAGUUUUGAGAUUCACAAAAUUUCUGUAAAUGAUGUACUUAAAAAUAAUAAAAUUGGAGUUAAGACUGACUAAAUAA